GCUUCCUAGAGAGGGCUGCAGCGGCUCAUCCCCUUCACUGUAGGGGCUUCGGAGUUGGGCUGGACUCCGAGCACAGCGGCUGCUUCUGCAACUGCUGCUCUUCGCCCGGGCUCCCCUAUUCCAAAGGCAAGCCCGGGGACGACUCCCAUAGCUCGGCCGUGCUUUCCAGUCUCCCUCAAUCUCCACCUCCAACUCGAAAACCUGGAAAAGUUCCUCCACAGCUGCCAGCCUGAAGAAAAGCCACGUUCGCGUGGCUUUGCUCCAGCCCGCCUCCCCUCCCUGACACCCUCCGCCCCCACCCCCUACUUUGGAUUGCUGCUUCCUCCCGGGCUGCGUGGCUUUCCUGUAGCUGGGCGGCGCGCUGCUGGUGGAAGGAGGCAAGGCAAGCAAGCCGGGCGCGCGGGGCAGAAAGGUAAAGGCUGGAGGCUGGGCAGCGUGUUCGCAGCGCUGUGGAAGGCGCCGACUGAGCGGGCGGGAACGGUGCGCUGGAGGAGCUGGUCCACAUGCCUUGCAGCCGGCUCUCUUUGUUUUGUGCGCCGGAGGAGGGACGCUCGUAUGCUUUUAGCAUUAGGACGUCAGAAGAAUCUGCUUCGGGUGCCCACACUUUUAAGAAUAAAUCCUUUAAGAAGGCCAAAGUCUGCAGUGUCUGCAAACAAGUUAUUGACAGUCAAGGUGUUUCAUGCCGAGUGUGCAAGUAUUCCUGCCACAAGAAAUGUGAAACAAAGGUGGUGAUACCCUGCCACGUACCAGUCAAUGACCCACUGUCUAACAACUCUGAUGUAUCUGGUCACGUAACCAGGACAGCAUCUGACAAUUUUUCAAAAAGUUCUUCAUUCUGCUGUGAUAAAUUUUCUCAGAGUGCCAUCUUGGGUCAUAUCAUGGAAGAAGGCUAUGAACUCGAUCUUACCUACAUCACUGAGCGGAUCAUCGCUGUCUCCUUCCCAGCUAGUUGCUCAGAGGAAACUUAUCUACAUAACUUGCAAGAUGUAACCCGAAUGCUGAAAUCCAAACAUGGAGAUAAUUACCUGGUGAUAAACCUCUCUGAAAAGAGAUAUGACCUUACGAAGCUUAACCCAAAGAUUAUGGAUGUGGGUUGGCCUGACCUCCAUGCCCCUCCCCUUGAUAAGAUGUGUACCAUCUGUAAAGCUCAAGAGACAUGGCUAAACAGUGACCCUCAGCAUGUAGUGGUCAUUCACUGCAGGGGUGGAAAAGGACGGAUAGGAGUUGUCAUAUCAUCGUACAUGCAUUUCACCAACGUUUCUGCCAGUGCUGACCAAGCUCUCGACAGAUUCGCAAUGAAGAAAUUUUUUGAUGAUAAAGUUUCAGCUUUAAUGCAGCCAUCCCAAAAAAGAUAUGUUCACUUUCUCAGUGGUCUUCUCUCGGGAUCUGUGAAAAUGAAUACCACACCACUCUUUCUGCACUUUGUAAUUCUCCAUGGCAUCCCCAACUUUGAUACUGGUGGAGUUUGCCGACCAUUUUUGAAGCUCUACCAAGCAAUGCAGCCAGUCUAUACAUCAGGAAUCUACAAUGUUGGUCCAGAAAACCAAAGCAGAGUCUGCAUUGCCAUCGAACCAGCCCAGCUCCUAAAGGGAGACAUAAUGUUGAAAUGUUACCACAAAAAGUAUCGAUCUGCUACCCGUGAUGUCAUUUUCCGCCUGCAGUUUCACACAGGAGCCAUUCAGGGAUAUGGACUGAUGUUUAGGAAGGAAGAUCUGGACAGUGCCAACAAAGAUGACCGUUUUCCUGAUUAUGGGAAGAUUGAAUUAGUCUUUUCUGCUACCCCUGAGAAAAUACAAGGGUCUGAACAUUUACAGAAUGACCAUGGAGUGGUUGUGGAUUACAACACUGCAGACCCGUUGAUCCGGUGGGAUUCUUAUGAAAAUAUGAGUCCUGAUGGGGAAGUGUUACACACCCAAGGUCCAAUUGAUGGCAGCCUUUAUGCUAAAGUGAGAAAGAAGAGCAUCUCUGACAACAAUAUCCCUAGUGGGACCCAGGUCGUUCCAGUAACCAGCAGCCCUGAUCACAGUGACCAUACCUUGUCUGUUAGCAGUGAUUCAGGCCACUCCACUGCCUCGGUCAGGACAGACAAGACUGAAGAGCGCUCGGCUCCAGGCACCAAAAGAGGAUUGAGCCCACAAGAAAAGGCAGAACUGGACCAGCUCCUCAGUGGGUUUGGAUUGGAAGACUCUGUGAGCUCCCCAAAGGAUAUGACUGAUGUCCGAAGUAAGUAUAGUGGGACUCGUCACGUAGUGCCAGCCCAGGUUCACGUGAAUGGAGAUUCCAAGCUGAAAGACAGAGAGACAGACAUCUUAGAUGAUGAGAUGCCCAAUCAUGACUUACGCAGUGUGGACAGUAUUGGGACUUUGUCCUCUUCAGAAGGUCAACACUCCAGCCACCUUGGAAACUUUACCUGCCAUAAAAGUAGUCAAAAUUCUCUCUUAUCAGAUGGCUUUGGGAGCAACACUGGGGAAGACCACCACGUUGCCCUUGCUCCAGACCUGGGCAUAGGUGUAGAUCCCCUUUAUGAGAGAUCAUUUGGAAAUGGUGAGCCCAAGCAGGUUCAGCAGCUCUUGAGGAACCCUACGGUGUCGUCUCAGGCACCAGCCUAUGGACAGGGCAACUAUUCCACUCAGACCUGGGUGCGCCAACAACAACUAGUGGCAGCACAUCAGUACAGCUAUGCAACAGAUAGUGAGGGGAGGUUUGCCAUCCACAACUCUUCGGAGAAUUCUAGCUAUGUUCCGGCCCAGCCCAGGAUCCCCCUCACUCCCACAAGAGGCUCCAGCAGCAGGGAUGCUGUGCAGAGGAGCUUAGGUAGUAUAUCAAAUGCUAAUGAAGUACCCCAGCACUCUUACCCGGAAGGUUUCAAACCUAGGUUAACGCCAGAGAAAGAGAUAAAUGGGGUUGAUAUGGGAUUGAAUGCAGGAAUUUUACCAGGGUCUCCAACUCUGGAUAUUGACCAAUCCAUUGAACAGCUCAAUAGGCUGAUCUUGGAACUAGACCCAACAUUUGAGCCCAUCCCAACUCAUAUGAAUACCAUGACAAGUCAAGCAAAUGGAUCUGCGUCCCCUGACAGCAAAGUAGGAGGAGGACUGCGGGGGAACCACAGAUUUCUUGAGAAAGGAGAGAACAUAAGCAGGAAUUCCAGCCAACAUGGAGAUGACCCUUCUGGAGGGAGAAUCAGGAAAUUAAGCCUUGGCCAGUAUGACAACGACAGUCCUGGGCAGCCAUCAUUUACUGGAUGUGGAUGGGUAAAAGCUACUAAUAUGGAUCCAGUUCCAGCUCUGGGAUCCUUCAUUACUUCAGGGGAAACCAAAGAGACAAUGGUAACCAGUUAUCCUCAAGAGCUUGAUGUAAUAGAUGGUGGAAUAUUCUCACCAACCAAAAAUGGGAAUGAAUCAGUCCCUCCCACUCCAGCUUUUCCUGUGUCACCAGAGACACCAUAUGUGAAAACUCCUUCACAUUAUCCUCAGAUCAGUCCAUCAGAGCAACACAUGAGCGGCCCAACCAAUUUGUACAAAACAGGACAUGAACCUCGGAGUUACACUGAGGGCCUUAAUCACUCAGUGGUGAUGUCAGACAGCCCAAUUGGAACAAACCCUGCUCUGUUUCGGUCUGAGAGGCCAACAACUCCUUGUCAACGGACCUUUCCAUCUGCCUGUACGGCUUCAAGCAACAGCCCCCUCCAGAGAGGCGAGAGUCCUUCCACAGCAGAGCACCAAUGGCUAGAGAGCAGUCCCAAAUCUACUCUUUCACCGCAGCUGUCAGUGAUGGGGAGCAGCCGACCCACGGGCUUCCUCGUGGGUUCAGAGUUUUCCAGUCCAGGACCGGAUUCUUCACUCUUGUCUCAUUUCCCGCCUUCGGAGCUGCAGGUUUCUAAUCUAAACAGUCAUGAAAACUCACCAGCAGAACAGUCCCAAGAAAUUCUGGCCAACCCAAGUGGCCGGGCCUUCCUAAACUUUGGUGUGCCUAGCAUUGGCAAUAGCCUCCAGCCUGAUGAGAAGCCAGGAACCUUACUGACUAAUUCCAAUGGAGCAUCUAAACCACCAGUCACCCCACUGGCGGGAGUUGUUGACAAUGGCUUCUUGCCCCAUAAUUUUCUCACGGUGGCCCCUGGCCACAGCAGUCAGCACAGUCCAGUCCUGCAGCAUGCGGGUUUAUCUCUGCAUUCUCAACCACCCCUUCCAGAAAAGAAGAGGACAUCUGAAGGAGACCGCUCCUUUGGCUCUGUCUCUCCGUCUUCCAGCGGCUUCUCCAGCCCCCAUAGUGGGAGUACAAUCAGCAUCCCUUUCCCAAAUGUCCUUCCAGACUUUUCUAAAGUUUUAGGCACCUCUCCCUUGCCAGAAAAUCCAACUGAGAAACUUGUGACUGUGAAAUUUGUUCAAGACACAUCCAAGUUCUGGUACAAGGCAGAUAUUUCAAGAGAGCAAGCUAUUGCUAUGCUGAAGGAUAAAGAACCAGGCUCAUUCAUUGUUCGGGACAGCCACUCUUUCCGGGGAGCCUAUGGCCUGGCCAUGAAGGUUGCUACGCCUCCUCCUUCAGUCCUACAACUUAAUAAGAAAGCUGGAGAUUUGGCCAAUGAACUCGUCAGGCACUUUUUGAUUGAGUGUACAUCUAAGGGCGUACGAUUGAAGGGAUGCCCAAAUGAACCAUAUUUUGGGAGUUUGACAGCUUUGGUAUAUCAGCAUUCCAUUACUCCUCUCGCAUUGCCAUGCAAACUCCUUAUCCCAGACAGAGAUCCAUUAGAAGAAAUGGCAGAAAAUUCUCCGCAGACUGCUGCAAAUUCUGCAGCUGAGCUGCUAAAACAGGGGGCAGCCUGCAAUGUUUGGUACUUAAAUUCCGUGGAAAUGGAGUCACUCACAGGCUACCAAGCUGUACAGAAAGCCUUGAGCAUGACGCUGGUUCAAGAUCCUCCUCCCAUUUCUACAGUCGUCCAUUUCAAAGUGUGCCAGGGAAUUACACUGACUGACAAUCAGCGGAAACUUUUCUUCCGAAGACAUUAUCCUGUGAACACUGUCAUUUUCUGUGCUUUGGAUCCACAGGACAGGAAGUGGAUCAAAGAUGGCCCUUCGGCAAAAGUAUUUGGAUUUGUUGCAAGAAAACAAGGGAGUGCUACGGACAAUGUGUGCCACCUGUUUGCAGAACAUGAUCCCGAGCAGCCCGCCAGUGCCAUUGUGAACUUUGUAUCAAAGGUCAUGAUUGGUUCCCCCAAAAAGAUCUGAAGCCUCCCUGCCAGACAGACUACCCUUUAGACUUUGGUGUGAGUAGGGAGGGAUGGCGUCCUUUUGAACAAUUUCCUUAAACGUACCAAUCCCAAGAAGAAAAAGAGAAUCUUCUGCCUGUUGUACGUUUUCUUUCUUUCUUCCUUCCUUCCUUGCUUUUUUUUUUCUAAAAGAAAGACUUCAAAAUUCCUUGGCCUUUCUCAAGAGAAAAUUUUUGUCUCUUGAAACAUCUUCACAGCCAAGUACCAAGUUCAAAAUAAAAGAAGCUGUGUCUGGAGCAUCUGUACCUA